ACGCAGACUUGGAACCCACGUUUCGUACUCCUCCUUUAAGUCAAUGAUCGGGGUGGUUUUAGUAGCUGAAAUUAAUUCUAUUAUGGGAGAAAGGGCUUUGCUCCCUCUAUACAUCCAACCAGGUGUCAGCGGGUGCAUAAGCCAAAGAGCAAGAAUCAGAAUGGAGAGCGAUAUCGGUAACAAGUCUACGCAAACUUGAUUUUGCUUUUGGAAUACAAAAACAGAGCCCAGUUCCUGAACGGUUGUAUUACGCAACAGCCAUCCUACACAAGACUCUAAAUCUUCCAAGUUAGAGUAUUCCAGUUCUUCCAAAGAAAUAUUCCAUCAAAAUAUCUUAUCAAACCACCCACAAUGCCACGUAAAGACAUCGAGGUUAAAACUCACGACGAUGUGACUCUUUGCGGUUGGCUGUACGCACCUGCGAGUGUCUCGGAAGACCAAAAGCUGCCAGUCAUAAUCAUGUCUGCCGGCUGGGCGAGUCUCAAAGAAAUGAGUCUAGAUCAGUCUGCUGACGCAUUUGUUGCAAAGCAUCCUGUCGCUGCUCUUGUUCACGGCCAUCGGAGCUGAGGUUCAGGCGAUGCGGCCGCGGGUCAACCAGAGCAUAAGAUAUUCCAUAUAUUCAGAUGUCCGACAUGCAGAAUACAAUCACCUAUGCACAAGGACUCCCAAAGAUUGAAGCAGGCAAGAUUGCCUUUUGGGGAAGCUCCUAUAACGGAGGUCAUGUUUCGCAAGUCACAGCCACUGAAAAGCGUAUGAAAGCUGUCAUCAGCCAAAUAAGCUUUCUUCGAUGUUGAAAAAAUAUUUUUAAAGUAUAACUAAUCUUUCUUUGAAGGCGUCCAUGGUCAGCGGCUGGGAAACUCUCCUUCGCCUCAUUCGUCCCGAUCUUAUGCCUAGCAUCAACGCUAUGUUCGCAGGCAACCGCCUCGCCAGAGCAGCAGGACAAGCUGUAGCUACAGUUUCUGUAUCCGAUGCAAACCCUCUGAUCCCUUCUUCCCUGCCAAGCGCCGAAGCUUUCGCAUUUUACACUGAGUUGGAGUUAAAGCUUGAAGGGAAGUGGAAGAAUGAAAGUAACAGUUCGGAGUCUUGAAGCUAGCCGUUCAUAUGAUCCUGCUCUAUUCAUUGAACGCAUAGCAUCUGUACCAUUGCUUAUGGUUGUUGCAAAAGAGGAUGUCACCACGCCUGUUGAUAUCUCUCUAGCUGCUUAUCAGAAGGCUCGUAAGCCUAAGCAGCUUGUGUUAAUUCCGGGUGGGCACUUUGAGGUUUAUUCAGAUUCAAACUUUGCUCUUAGUUCUUUCAAGCAGGUUGAGUUCUUGCGCGAGAACUUUUUGUAAUUAAUGUGGGUGAUUCGAUACAUUCAAGGCUGAGAAGGAAAUAGGCUAUGGAGAUUGU